AUGAAUCCGGAUACGGCUCGGCAAUAUCUUGCGACAAUAUUGAACAAGAACCUUCGAGUAUACACGUCGGAUGGCCGGUUAUUCUGGGGUUCGCUAAAAUGCGCCGACCCUGAUAGGAAUAUUAUUCUGGCCCAUACGUAUGAGUACCGCCAGCUAUCAUCCAGGGAACGUGCAAAGGUACUCGAGGAAGCAGACGGGGCAUCUGUUAAGGUUGACAUGACAUCUCGUUACUUGGGUUUAGUGGUCAUACCGGGCCAUCACAUUGUCAAGAUGGAGGUUGAGCAAUUCGCCAGUCAGGUGCGGGAUGGUGGUUUCAUGUGA